AUGGAGAAGUAUGAGAAAAUUGGAAGAAUCGGUGAAGGCUCUUAUGGCAUUGUCUACAAGGGUCUGGUUCGUGCAACCGGAGAAUUGGUGGCCAUGAAAAACGUGCGCAACUUUAUCGGAGCGGAGGGAAUACCAGCAACUACGAUUCGAGAGAUAUCGUUGCUCAGGGAACUUAAGCAUCCAAAUAUUGUCGCUCUGCUGGAUUUGCUGUAUGAGGACAAUAAUUUUUAUUUGAUACUUGAAUAUUUGCCAAUGAAUCUGCGGCAAUACAUUGAAUCAUUGCCACCGGAUCAAUUGAUGGAAACUGAAAUGGUGGGAAGCUAUCUGUACCAGAUAACCUGUGCGAUUCUCUACUGCCAUCGCCGUCGAGUGCUACAUCGUGAUCUGACGCCACAAAAUCUGCUUAUCAAUGGCACUGGACUUAUCAAGGUGGCGGACUUUGGUCUCAGCUGCAGUUUCAAUAUUCCAAUGCGCGUUCUUACACAUGAAGUUGUUACGCUCUGGUACCGCCCCCCAGAGAUCUUAUUGGGCUCGGCCCGAUAUUCCUGUCCAGUGGAUAUCUGGUCAAUCGGGUGCAUUUUGUUUGAGAUGGCCACCAGUAAGCCCUUAUUUCAGGGUGACUCUGAAAUAGGACAACUAUUUCGCAUAUUUCAAAUACUGGGCACUCCAAAUGAUGAUGUCUGGCCUGGUGUUUCCAAUCUUUCUGGCUUCAAUGCCACUUUUCCCAAUUGGACUUGCAAUUUUUACAAUUUAAUGAAGGACAGUCCAGGCAUAAUCGACGCUUUUAUUGAUUUACUGCCAAGGAUGCUUACCUAUAAUCCCUCGCAGCGUAUAACAGCCAAAGAAAUUAUUGAACAUGAAUUUUACAAAUAAGUCACUAUGUGAUAUAACCAUUUUUCUAAUAUUCUGUUUCAACUUUACACCAACUGCAUUGCGGUUGUUGA